AUGAGUCGUGUGAAAAAGGAGAAUGAAGAUGAUAUGCGCUGCAAUGAUCAAUCACAGUCACGGUUGAAUGGUGAGGGUAACAGGGGAAGUGUUGGUGUUGGUGGUGGAGUAGUUCUGAAGAAAGGGCCGUGGACAACUGCAGAAGAUGCUAUUUUGGUUGAAUACGUCCGGAAACAUGGCGAGGGGAACUGGAAUGCUGUUCAGAAGCAUUCGGGCCUGUCUCGGUGUGGAAAAAGCUGCCGACUGCGAUGGGCGAAUCACUUGAGGCCAAAUUUGAAGAAAGGAUCAUUUACUGCAGAUGAGGAGCAGUUGAUUGCUCAACUCCAUUUAGAAAUGGGAAACAGAUGGGCACGUAUGGCAGCGCACUUGCCUGGUCGUACAGAUAACGAAAUAAAGAACUACUGGAAUACCCGGACCAAGAGGCGUAAUCGGGCUGGCUUGCCACUUUAUCCUCCAGAAGUGCGGAAAAAGCAAGGGAGUCAACGUGGCCAAGACACUGUUGGAAUCGAUAAUGGUGAUAGAGGGCAUCAUGAUUUCUUGCCGAAAAACAACUAUGAGAUGCAUGAUGUAAUGUUUGACAAUUUGAAAGAAAAUCAACGAAUCUUACCUAUUACAGUUGUGCCUGAGAAUCCUGAUAUUUCUGCGAAUAGCAUUCUGCUAAACAGUCUUGAUUCUCCUCCAUAUUGUAAUUCUGUGCCAUCAACCCUACCUAACCAUCACCACCUUCGAGAAUCAACAAUGUCUUUUCUUGGUUCAAGUGGAACAAACAAGAAUUGGUUUUAUCCAUUUUACCAUGUUCAGGAUCAUAGUUCUGAUACGAUUGUACAAUCAUUCGGUUUGCAUUCUCCCCUCGAUCCUGGUUUCUCCUCACACAACUCAAUGUAUUACCGCCAUUCCCUAUCAAAUGGCAAUUCCUCCACUUCUAAGCCGACAUCCAAGGCUGUGAAGUUGGAGCUCCCUUCACUCCAAUAUCCAGAAACCGGCUUUGGUGGCUGGGGAAGUACUUUUCCCUCACCUCCAUUGAAUGAGUCUGUUGAUGUAUUCAAUCAGUCUCCUCUGCCACAUGGUGCGCUAGAGUCCGGUUGUUCUUCCCCACGUAAUAGUGGGACACUCGAGGACAUAAUUUAUCAGAAGAAGACUCUUCCAAAUUCAAUGAACAACUGUUCUGACAAGAGUUCUCAUUCAUCUACUGCAACUCCUGUUGAAAGAGCUGAGAGUUCUGCUUUGAACAUGAAUGAAACAGAAUGGGAAGAUUACACUGACCAUGCAUCUUCCUUUGGUGCAACCUCAAUCCUGAAUGAGUGUCAUGCUGUUAACACCAACGCAAACUCAUGGGAUAAAUUGACACCUGCUCAGAACUUUAAUGGCAACAAUGUGAAAUAUGAGCCUAUUGACCAAGUUUGUACCCCAAAGAGUGAAAAUCAAGGUAUGUCUAUGUUGAACAUCACUUGGCCAGAUGUAUUGUUAGCUUCAGAUUGGCAUGAGCAGUGCUAUGGGCAUGAGAAGAACAUGGCUGAGGCUGGUGACAACUUAGCAGAUUAUAAACAUGUGGCUGGUGGUACUUAUUCUUCAAGUACAGGGGGUUGCUUUAUGCACAUGGCAUAA